AUGCCUCUACUGAAAACCACGACACGUGAAACCACCCUAAGAUGCUGCAAGAGAUGGCGGCAUCGCUCGGAACUGCAAGAGAUGAUGUCAUCACUCUCCGAGCGACGCUGCCACAGCGAUCCACGUAGUGUUGCAGUUGCAUACACAAUGUUGUGCAUGAUACUCACUUUCACGGUAGCAGAUCUUAUAACUCUAACUGCAUACAGCUGUCCUGUGCUCAAAGAUGAGGAACUGGACAAUUCAAAAGCAUCGCAUGAAAGACGAGUUUUCCAAGGAUCACCGGCAUCCAUUUCAUCAAACGAUUAUGAUGGAGGGAAAAAAUCGAGUUCACAGCCAGAAGGUAAUUCUACAUAUUGUCAACCUUCCAAUGCCAGCAGAGUGAACGUUGUUGCAGAAUCCCCAUCAUAUUCCUUCAUUCAGCGUGCAGAAACUUCUGCACCCAAUUUUCAAUUUGACAAGUCCACAAAAACUGGGGCUUCCUUGACAUCUCCUCUGUCUUUGCGACAAACUGAAUCCUUUAGUAGCAAUUAUCAGGAUGGUAGAUCUCUCUCUCUUAGCAGUGCUGUUAUUGGGGCUACUGGUGAACUAGCAAGGACGAAAAUCUUUCCAGCAUUGUUUGCUCUGUAUUACAGUGGUUUUCUUCCUGAGACGAAGACGAAGACGAAGACGACGAAGAAAAAGGAUCCGCUGCGGCCGGAGGAGAAGCUCAAGGUUGAUAUCGAUUACCUGAAGGCCGAGGCAAUAUUAAUAACACAAACACAUUCCCGUCUACCACUGAAGAGGAACCCUAAGUCCUUCGCCCGUCGAUUUUCGUUUGUCGACGGCUUCUUCGACGUCGACUGA